AUGAACGAUAACGAACUCGAAAGUUUAAAAACUGAAUUGGAACAUGAAAAGACUUGCAGAGAAGCAGCAGCAUGGCAAAAUGGAGAACUGGAGAAGCAAAUAGUUUGCAUCCAAGAAGAUUUGCGUAAGCCAGACUAUCAUUGGGAUUUCGAUAACGAUUUACAAAAAGAGAGUACAAAACACAGGCAGUUGUUGGAAGCUGUCGAAACUCUUCGCGAACAGCUGCCCUUACUAAGAGAGAAGAUUAGAAAUGCUAAAGUUUGCGGACCAGAUUGCAAGUUAAAACAUGACGACUUGAAUAUUAACUUGGAUAUUCUUACUCCGGCAGAGUUAUUGCGAACUGUGAAACGAUUCGAGAGAUUAAAAACCGAUCUUGUUAGCACACUACGAAGUAAAGAGUGGCGACUUGAUUCAGAAUCCAAGCUAUUUGUGAGGGUCAAUGACCAGCGCACAUAUCUCCAAAACGAGUUGAUGAUAUGCCAGAACAAUAUUAUGCGUCUACAGAGAAAUGGAUCUUAUUGGCAGAACAUACCUCGAAGAAACGAUGAAAGAGUGAUAGACCCCAAACGUGGGCCGAUAAAGAAAAUAUUUUGUAACGAUCGUCUGCCACCUAUCUCCACUUAA